AUGGUUCGAAGCUCUUCAGCACCCAAACGGGAGGAGGUUCCCAUGAAAUUCACGACAUUUCAUGUGCCACCCGUAAUAAAUACCAAAAAUGUCUCAUCAACCUACCUUCGAAGCGAAAAUCAGACUAUAUGGGCCAGGAAUGUGGCUGCCAAUGCACAGCGCAAAAGGACAGCCGAGGAAGCAUUUACAGGCAAAGAAAAGGCACCACCUACUGAUGGAGCACCAGGCUCGAAGACUCUGGUGAUCCAUCCGGGGUCGCGGUGGCUCAAGAUUGGAAUGGCUGCCGACGUCUUCCCAGUGCAGGUGCCCAAUGUGAUUGCUCGCAGGCGUCGCACAGGUGUCCCACGCGAGUUAGUCUUUUCUAACGGUGUUAUCAAACCCGCAAGCGAACGUAAUGCCCCCACGAGUGAUGUGCGCGAGAAAGCCGGAGAGUACGAAAUGCCAGCCGAAUCUGAAGAAGAUCCAUUUACCGAACGCACCGCCGGCAUACGCUCAUCACUGCUCGCUCGAAUGAAGUUUUACAAACUUCAAGCACUUCCGCAUGGUUCUUCGGAUGCUGCCCGGUACAACGCUAGUGUCAAACCAACAACCAUUUCAGAACAUAACGAUGCCUCCCGCGCGGAAUGGUUGGGGACAUCACUGAAUCCUAUUGGAAACGAACAGUUUUUCGUCGGGAACAAGGCUUUGUUGCUCGGAGAACCAGCGGAGAGUUCUUUCACGUUAAAGUGGCCGCUACGAGGAAAUAGCCUCAAUACGUGUGAUUACGAUUCGGCUCAGGAAAUCAUUUCAGACAUUGAGACAAUUUGGAGCACGGCACUGCUUGAGGAACUCGAUAUUCCCCGCUCACGCUACAAGGAAUUGAAUGUGAUACUUGUGAUUCCAGACCAUUUUGAUCGGUUCUAUGUGCGAGAACUCGCAAACGUGCUCCUUGUUCAAAUGGGAUUCGCCCAAAUAUGCGUUCAGCAGGAAUCUCUGUGUGCUGCAUUUGGCGCGGGUCUCUCCACAGCCUGUGUUGUAGACAUCGGGGCAGUCAAGACAAGCAUUGCAUGCGUGGACGAAGGGCAGGUUGUACCCGAUACUCGCAUCACACUUGACUUGGGAGGUGACGACAUUACUGAGUAUUUGUAUUAUCUCCUCAAGGGAAUCAAUUUCCCGCACAAGAAUUGCCAGUUGAGCGAAACCACCGACUGGAACAUUUUGACCCGGCUAAAGAAACAAAUGUGUUCUCUUUCUGAGGUAGUUACCAGUUCCAUCCAGGUGUCAAUCGAUUUAACUCAGGCCAAAUCACAGACUGAUGUCGCACUAAACUUGUACGACUUCCAUGUACGCAAGCCCGACCAAGAUACAGAACAGCAUACAAUGCAAGUAUAUGACGAACCAGUCGUUGCCGCAAUGUGCAUAUUUGAACCCCGCAUUAUUGACUUCGAUGCCAAAAAAGCAAGACAGAAGUCGCUCUGGACCCGAGAAAACGUAGAAGACGUUCCGGACUUUUCCAGUGAUAAUUUGACACAAGCGAUGCUCAUAUCGACGCAACACCUGCUUCCCCCACAGCCUGUCCAAACCUUUCCUCCCAAACAAAGCCAGCAAGUCCCGCAGGUGGACGGAGCCCAUGAUGCAGAUGGAGAUACCGAAAUGGAUGUUCCCCUGCAAGCUGAGCCAUCGACUGAAACUUCGGAAUCCAGUAGCCGGAGCCGGAUAGGAGACGAAAAGCAUGAUAUGGAGGACGAAAAACGUGAUGACGACGAAGUCCCGACACGAACGGCCCGAUCGGAGGACGCACAGGCUGACCCAUCGGAUUUCCUGCUCAAGACGGACAGACCUCCCACCGCCACGAUUGACGAAUCCACCAGGGAAGAUAGAGCUCCGAGUGUGGAGAUCAUCCCCGAGCUCGACGCCACAGCUAAACCCCCCAAAUCCAAGUCAGUGGCGUCGAACUCUGCACCCCCACCGGUCCCGGUCCAGAUUGAUGUCCGAUGGGAAGCAAGCAAGUUGCCACUCGAUGUGGCGAUCUUUAACAGCGCCCGAGCGGCAGGAGGGGUGGAUCGAAUCAAGAAAUUCUUACAAGUGGUGAUAAUUGUAGGUGGCACAAGCAUGAUACCCGGUAUGGUACACGCAUUGGAAAGUCGUCUUCAAGCUAUCGCGUUCCCACUCGUGCCUGGAAUGGAGAAAGUUCAAGUUGUCCCAUCGCCGAAGGAUAUUGAUCCACGAGUGCUAUCCUGGAAGGGCGCCGCCGUACUGGCCAAACUUGAAGCGCUCAACGAUAUGUGGAUAACUGCGCGUGAUUGGCCUGUCCCUACAGCCGUCGGCGUCGCUCGCACCAUCGCGGUCGUUGUGCGCGACGGUGUUGCCAUGUGCGCGCCUGUGCCACCGCGGUCAUGGGAGCGAUCUUCGCUUGGUCAUCUGAUCGAUCCCUGGCGCGGGAAAGGUGGAAUGUUGUGUCCUGUUGUGCGCAAGAAAUCCCAUUUCGCGAAUUCACCGUGGGAGUUUGGGGUCACUAAAGGGGAUCUGAUAUGGGGUACCGGCCUUGGAGUUGUCUGA